AUGCAGCAAUCUCCACAAAUGAUUCCGAUGGUUCCUUCAUUUCCGCCGACUAACAUCACAACCGAACAGAUCCAGAAGUGUCUUGAUGAGAACAAGACGUUGAUAAUGGCGAUUUUAGAAAAUCAGAACCUCGGUAAACUUGCAGAAUGUGCUCAGUAUCAAGCUCAUCUCCAGAAGAAUUUAAUGUAUCUCGCUGCAAUCGCCGAUGCUCAACCUCAGCCACCAGCAACUGCACCAAUACUAGGAGCCAUGGCUCCACAAGUAGUGAGUUACUGCUUUGAUUAG